AUGGAGACUGUCCUCAUCAUUGGCGGAACUGGAACCCAGGGAGUCCCUGUCGUUAAAGCAUUGACUUUGGAUCGCAAAUAUGCCGUACGAGUUAUAACAAGGAACGCGGCUGCUUCAGAAGCCCAGAUGCUUGCAAAGCUGCCCGGAGUUACAAUCGUGGAAGGGAACUGCUAUGAUGAAUCGACGCUCCGCAACAUCCUCCCCGACGUUGAUUGUGUGUUUGCCAAUACUAAUGGGUCCGUACUUGGUGAAAUGGCCGAGGUGUACUGGGACAUUCGCUUGUAUGAGCUGGCCCGAGAAUUCGGUGUCAAGCACUUUGUUUACGCCAGCCUCCCUUAUGUAUCCAAACUUGGCAACUUCAACGAAAAAUACAAGGUGGGACACUGUGACGGAAAGGCUAAAAUUACCGAAUUCAUUUCUGCGCAGCCGACAAGCCCUAUGGCCUGGUCAAUUAUAACGUCUUGCUUAUACAUGGAAAGUCUCUCGGAGUUUCUGCUGCCGAUAUAUGAUCCAAACAAUGACACGCAUGUGUUUGCUUUACCUCUUGGACGGGGCAGAUGCCCAAUGAUAUCCCUCGAUGAUAAUGCGGCCUAUGUCCGAUGGGCACUCGACAACCCAUCACAAAGCAACGGGCUGAACCUGAAUGUCGUGACAGAAGCCGUCACCGGUGAUGAGCUCGCUGCAGUGUUCUCCAAGGUUACGGGGAAGAAAUCAGUGUACAAGGAUGUUUCGCUGGAUGAAUAUUUUCGCCUUCCCGUUUUCCCAGAUCCCGAUGCCAAAAUGGGGGCUUCUGGUGCAUCCUCAGGCAAUACCCUACUCACUGUUCGAAAGAACUUUUCUGGUCUCUGGAACAGUUGGAAGGACGAGCUAUGGAAGGGGGAUGAUGAGGUGUUGAGUCGGGUCUUGCCAACGCGAUUUAAAAGUGUGGAAGAGUGGAUGGUGAAGACGGGCUAUACAGGCAAAGGCGCACCACUGCUCAAAGACUUUGAGCUUGUUCAAAAAUGA